ACAAGUCCCAAGAUUCAUAAUAUUUCAUUUUCAAAACCUCAGAGUCAGUUCUCUUCCUCUUAUUGUCCUAAUCCAAAACCCAAACUCGCGCAAGAACUGGAUACUCUGGCGGAUUCAGAGACCAAGAACCGAGACGUGGUUCUGAAACUGUAUGACGCCCUGAGAUCUCGAGACGUCGACUCAGUUCACCGCACACUAACCCCCGAUCUCGACUACUGGUUUUACGGCCCGCCGCCGCACCAGUUUUUGAUGCGCACACUCACGGGAGUCUCUCCGACGUUUGAGUUCGUGCCUCUCUCCGUCGUCUCAUUCGGAUCCACCGUCAUCGCCGAGGGCUGCGACGUUGCUAGCUCCAUCUCUUGGAUCCACGCGUGGACCGUCGCGCAUGGGAUAAUCACUCAGGUGAGGGAGUACUCUAACACUUCUCUCACGGUUACACGGGUCGGUGACGUUGUUGCUGGACGGUCUGCUGAGAUUGCGCCGUCGCAUUGUCCAUCCGUGUGGGAAAGCCAGUUCUCGGGUCGGGCUGGAAAGUCCGUACCGGGUCUGGUUCUUGCGAUUUAAGGAUUUGUUCACGUCAGGGAAUAAUAAUAUAUAAAUAAAGACCGCUUACUGUUGGUUAAUUAUUUGUGGUUUGGUAACACAAAUGGAGGUGAACUAUAUACUUGGGUAAUGAUUGAAUCGCCGUGCUUUGCUUAAAGAGUAUUUCGACCGUAUUCCAAGCCUUUGGGUUACACGAAAUCCCUUUGUAGGAUAAAACAAUCAAAGUCUCAUUUUUGUUCUAGGUUAAGAUACAAAAAUAACAAAUAAAGCUUUAGUGCUUA